AUGAGUGGGCACGACGAAGAGUACUGGGUUUCAGACUCUAACGAGGCCAUGAGCCUCCAGUUGAUUCGCUCGCAGGAAGACGCCGACGCGCUUGGCGACGAUGAUGUCGCGAUCCAGCCAUUCAACCCUACCUUUACCUACCCCAUCUUUGGCGAGAGCGAGAAGAUCUUUGGAUACCACAACCUGGACAUCAAGCUUCACUACGCCUCUGGCAGCCUCAAGCAGUUUCUGCAGAUUACCCACGACGAGGUCAUCAAGUCUACCGACACUCCCCCCGACCCCAUCGAGGAGACCCUCUUCCGGUUCAUCCCCGCCGACUAUACCAAGUCGGAGGUUGCCUUUGACGCUGUUGUGGAAGCCGAUGCCGACCACUUCAAGCCUCUGGGCGACAAGAUUGCGUCGUACACUCGUGCCAGCGCGAGUGGAAAGGGCAAGGGAAAGGCCAAUGGUGCAGCACCAUCUGAGGAUUCCGACGACGCGGUCGUCUACGAGAUGUACAAGACCAAAUGGGACACACCAGGCUUCCGCGAAUACCACCGCAGGAUGCAGAUCUUUAUCCUCUUCUUCAUUGAGGGUGGAAGCUACGUUCAAGAGGACGAGGAGGCGUGGGAGUUUAUCACCUUGUUUGAGCGCCGCAAGCGUCCAAACUCUGACGUCUACACGUACCACUUUAUCGGGUACACCUCCUUGUAUCCUUUCUGGUGCUUCCCAGACAAGGUCCGACUCCGUCUAAGCCAGUUUGUCAUCCUCCCGCCUUACCAGAACCUUGGCCACGGAUCGCACCUCUACUCGGCCCUUUUCGAGCACAUGCUUUCGCGCGACGAGGUCGCAGAGCUCACUGUCGAGGACCCCGCCGAGGCAUUCGAGGAUCUCCGUGAUCGCAACGACCUUCGUUUCCUCGUCAAGGAAGGUGUCCCUGAUGACGCCAACUUCCUGACUGGUGUUGGGAUCGAGUCUCGUGGCGAGAGGGCAGCCUGGGAAGCUGCUCUGCGGAAGAAGUACAAGAUUGCCCAGCGCCAGUUUGACCGCCUGCUCGAGCUCCUCCUGUUGCGUCAACUGGACCGCAAAAACGCGGCGGCUGUCAAAGCAUACCGCCUGCACGUCAAGGCCCGUCUGUACCGCUUCAACUACGAGAUGCUCUCGCAGCUCACUCCCGAUGAGCGCAAAGACGCACUCGCCAAAACCUACGACACUGUCGUGGAAGACUAUGACCGUCUUCUCAAGAUGACUUUCCACUGA